CUAAUCACAUCCUGCCUAAAAGCGAUGAAGAAGAAGACACUGCGCUGUGAUUGGCUACUCGCAGGGGCGUGCACACGAAGCAAAGAUGGCAGCGGUGACCCGGUCCUCCUAUAUUUUCGUCUCGCGCUUGUUAAGUCAGCACCUCUGUCGUCGGAGCUUCCGGCUGCAGAACUUCCGGUCUAGCAGAACUUUGCAACAAAUCACCUUCAGAUGCAGCAGAGAGCCGCAGGUGUUCUCUCGCCGUGCGCUGCACGCUGCCUCAGCGUGUUGCGGACCCGUCGUCCAGUUCAAACUGUCCGACAUCGGAGAGGGCAUCAUGGAGGUGACGGUGAAGGAGUGGUAUGUAAAGGAGGGAGAUAAAGUAUCCCAAUUCGACAGCAUCUGUGAAGUCCAAAGCGACAAAGCGUCCGUCACCAUCACCAGCCGCUACGACGGCGUCAUCAAGAAACUCUACUACGACGUGGACGCCACAGCGCUCGUUGGCAAACCGCUGGUGGACAUCGAAACAGAGUCGAGCUCAGCAGAGGUGAUCCAGGAGGAGGACGUGGUGGAGACUCCCGCCAUGGCUCGGGAGGAGCACACUCACCAGGAGAUCAAGGGCCACAAGACCCAGGCCACGCCUGCAGUCAGACGCCUCGCUAUGGAGAACAAUAUCAAACUCAGUGAGGUGGUGGGAACUGGGAAAGACGGACGGAUUUUGAAGGAGGACAUCUUGAAUUUCCUGGCAAAGCAGACUGGAGCCAUCCUGCCUCCGGCUCCAGUCCAGGAGAUCCAGACUCCACCCCCCUCCCCACCCUCCACUGCUGCCCCUGUUGGCAGGCCCGUAAGCACAUCAACGGUCGCCAAAGCCCCGCCCCCCAGAGCCACACCAGUCUUCACAGGAAAGGAUGUGACUGAGCCAGUCAAAGGUUUCCACAAGGCCAUGGUGAAGACGAUGACGGCGGCGCUGAAGAUCCCUCACUUUGGCUACUGUGACGAGGUGGACCUGAGCCGCCUGGUGGCUCUCAGAACCGAGCUGAAGCCCAUUGCAGAGAGCCGUGGGGUCAAGCUGAGCUACAUGCCCUUCUUCAUCAAGGCCGCCUCCCUCGGGCUCCUGCAUUUCCCCAUCCUGAACGCCUCGGUGGAUGAAGACUGCCAGAACAUCACCUACAGGGCGUCUCACAACAUCGGGCUGGCGAUGGACACCAGUCAGGGUCUGCUGGUUCCAAACGUGAAGAACGUCCAGCUGCUCAGCGUGUUUGAGAUCGCUCAGGAGCUGAACCGGCUUCAGGCGCUGGGAACCGCAGGUCAGCUAAGCACCGCCCACCUGACCGGGGGAACCUUCACGCUCUCCAACAUCGGAUCGAUCGGAGGGACGUACGCUAAACCUGUCAUUCUUCCUCCGGAGGUGGCCAUUGGAGCUCUGGGGAAAAUCCAGGUUCUUCCCCGGUUUGGCGCCGGCAAUCAGGUGGUCCCUGCUCACAUCAUGAAGGUCAGCUGGUCCGCAGAUCACCGGGUCAUUGACGGCGCCACCAUGUGCCGUUUCUCCAACCUGUGGCGGGAGUACCUGGAGAACCCGGCCAGCAUGGUCCUGGACUUGAAAUAAACAUUUCCCAUCAGCCUCGGCAGACGUGAUAUGCACACUAAAA